CGAGGAGAAAGAAGGGAGCCGCUCCGUUGUUGGCGGCGGUGCAUUGUGGGCGAGCGGCGGAGAAGGCGAAGGAGGCAACGGAGGGCAGAGUUCUUCUCAACUUCUCCGGCCAGGGAUGUCCGCGGAGCCCUACGGCUGCUGCCACUGCCUGACGUUACCAUGCGGGAGCUGAAAUGUUCUCAGCGUGGCCAGCGGGAUUGGACCAUGUCCCUCGGCCACCUGCUGCUAUCCCCUGUAGUUGUGGUGACGCUCUUGCUGCCAUUGUACUCAGCUGCACGUCCUCCUUCUUACCCAUCUUUCCUGGCCCCUAAUGCUACCUUUAAUCACCUGGCCCAAGCCCAGAACACAGGGGCCCUGUAUGUGGGCGCCAUCAAUGCCUUGUACCAACUGAGCCCUGAACUGAGGCUCGUGGGACUGGCACGCACAGGGCCAGACCAGGACAGCCCUGAGUGUCUCCCCUUCCGGGAUGCUCGUGAAUGUCCACAGGCUAGGCUCACAGACAAUUCCAACAAGCUGCUGUUAACAAACGAGCGGGCCGGGGAAUUGGUGGUCUGCGGACAGCUGUUCCAAGGAGUGUGCGAGAAGCGAGCCCUUGCGGACAUUGCCAAAGUACUAUACCGUCCUGAAGAUCCUGGUGACAACCAGUUUGUGGCUGCCAAUGAGCCACGCGUUUCAACUGUGGGCUUGCUGGGACGGCAUGGUGGCCGCGACCUGCUCUUUGUCGGCCGAGGGUUGACCGCCAAGCUGUCUGGAGGGAUCCCGCCAUUUACCAUUCGUCAACUGGAAGGAGCCCAGGCUUUCUCUAAUGAAGGAAUGGGCAAGUUGGUGGUGGGAGACUUCUCUGACUAUAACAACAGUUACGUGGGUGCUUUUGCUUCUGAUGGCUACGUCUACUUCCUAUUUUCUCGCCGUGGAGCGAAGGCCCAGAUGGAAUACCGCACCUAUCUCUCCCGGAGCUGCAUGGAGGACACCAAUCUCUAUUCCUAUGUUGAGCUGCCCCUUGAGUGUCAGGAUGCUAAAGGACGUAUUUACAAUCUGGCUCAAGCGGUGCAUCUGGCCCCUGGUUAUGCUGGGCAAGGGAAAACUCUCUUUGUUGUCUUAGCUGCUGGGCAGGGCUCCACUGCAGCCCCCACAACGCAGACAGCUCUCUGUUUGUACAGCCUGAGGGACGUGGAUGAAGCCAUGGAGCGAACCCGGCAACUGUGUUAUACCUCAGCCGGAAUUGGCCCCACUAAAGAGGAGGAGGCUGCCAUAGAGUAUGGUGUGACCUCACGCUGCAACUCAUUACCCAAGGAAUCCCCAGAAGCCUACCCCUGUGGGGACGAACACACACCUAGUCCCAUCGCUAGCCGGAAGCCGCUAGUAGCUGAGGCUCUUCUGACCACUGUGCCAAGCCUCACAGCUGUGGCAGCCAUGGUGGAAGCAGGGCAUACCAUCGCAUUCCUGGGAGAUGGCGUUGGGCAGCUGCAUAAGGUUUAUCUGAAUGGCUCUGCAGCACAAGUCUACAGCACAAUACCCACUGGUCAGCGCUCUCCAGUCAAUCCAGACCUCCUUCUUGAUACCAGCGGGGCGUACCUGUAUGUGAUGACAACGUUCCAGGUUUCCAAGGUCCCGGUCUCUGAAUGCCCUCAUUUCCAAGACUGUGCCUCAUGCCUGCGUGCCAGGGACCCCUUCUGUGGUUGGUGUGUUCUUCAAAGCAGGUGUACCCGGAAGCUGGAAUGCGAACGCCAUGAAAUGUCCAAUCACUGGCUGUGGAGCUAUGGAGUUGAUACCCAGUGUUUGAGAGUGGAGCAGAUGUCACCAGCCAACCAGAGCCGAGAAGAACAGACAGAGGUCUCCCUAUUGAUCCCGCAUCUCCCUGCACUGGCUGAAGGAGAGAGUUAUCACUGUGCCUUUGGGACCCAGGAUAGCCCAGCCCAGCUGCAAGACUCUUGGGUGCGCUGCCUUUCCCCAGUUCCCCAGCAAGUGCCGCCCAACCAAGAGGGGAAAGAUCAUGUGACGGUGGCACUAGCUCUGAUGUUUCGGGACGUUGUUGUGACCUCUGUGGGGUUUUCCUUCUACAACUGUAAUGCUGUGAGCCAACUCGCUGAUGCCACCCCGUGUGGAACAUGUGUAGACAGUCCCUGGAUGUGCCACUGGUGCCCAUCCAGUCACCAUUGCAUUCCCGGAGGUCCCUGUCCGAAAGGAGAGAGACUUGUUUACAAUCAGAAGGUGCUCACUGAAGAGCUCCGGGGUGCAGCUGCAUGUCCAAGUGUGGGGAGCAUUGGGGAGGGACACCUAAUUCCUGCUGGUGUAGAAAUGCCACUGAAUCUGGUUGCUUGGAACUUGCCCUUGUUGAUGGGUCCAAUAACAAUCUCCUGUGUGUUGGAGGUGGAAGGAAGUCCGGUUUUGGUUCCAGCAACUCUGGAAGAAGGUGACAGAGGAAUAUCCCAUCGGGUGCAGUGUCUGCCUCAAGCAUACAGCUAUACACAGCCUGUUUCAGAGCUACAUGUUCCUCUGUACAUUCUGGUAGGGAAUGACCAGCGCCUUGACAGCCGUGGAGACCUCCAUGUGACGUUGUACAAUUGUUCUGCCGGCCGUUCUGACUGCAGCCGCUGCAAGGCUGCCCCCCCACAUUUUCGCUGUGUCUGGUGUCCUAGCAAAGAAGUGCCUGGCUGUGUCUACGAGGAACUAUGUCCAACCAAAACUGUGUCAGUGGCUUGCCCAUCACCAGUGAUUCAUUCGAUCUAUCCCCUUAGCGGACCAUUGGAGGGGGGCAUCUCUCUCACGGUGACAGGAUCCAACCUGGGUCAUCGAUUUGAGGAUGUGGCCCAGACUGUGACGGUGGCUGGGUUGACAUGUAUUCCUGAUCCUUCCCAGUAUCUAGUCUCUACCCGGAUUAUCUGUGAUGUAUCUCCUGGAAGGCGAGGGUUAUCUGGCCCUGUUGAGGUCACUGUAGGAGACCAACCACCAGGGAUUUCUGGAAGUUACUUCACUUACCAGGAUCCCACUCUUCUUGAUCUGCACCCCAAGCUGGGCCCCAUGGUUGGCGGCACCCGCAUCACCAUCACUGGGAAGGAGCUGGCGACAGGCACUGAGAUUGCUGCCUACGUCGGGGACCUGCCAUGCAUCAUUGAGGAGCCUGUUGAACCUGGGGCUAUUGUUUGCCGCACUAGUGCCAGCUCCAGACCGCAAGAGGCACAGGUCUGGAUCCAGUAUGGUGGAGUCCGGCGCCAAUUGCAGGAGAAAGCCUUCCAUUAUAUGCUCAACCCACAUCUCACUGGCGCUUUUCCUUCCUCUAGCUUCCAGGGGGGUGGACGGAUCAUCUAUGUGGAGGGGACUAAUUUGGAUGUGGUGCAACAGCCACUCAUCAAAGCAAUCCUGCAACCAGAGGAGGUGAAAAACAGGCGGAAGAAAAGAACGUGUGGCACUUUUCUGGGUUCCCAUGUCCCAUUGACCCCUGCACCUCCACGUCCAUGUGCCGAGGUGGGAGAUUUGUUAGAGUGUUGGGAAACUUGCUGCAUCAAUUCCUCAACUCUCCUUCUCUGCCCAUCACCGGCUAUACCAUCGAAUGCUCAAUUCCGGAACCUUAUUUUUGAGAUGGAUGGACUCCGUGUCCCUUUUAGCAAUGCCAGCGAAGGCCACGAUUUCUCCUAUCAUCCCAAUCCUCACUUGCGCUGGCCUGGUCGGGAUUCCUCAGGACGUCCUUUUAGUCUCAAGCCAGGCAAUAUCUUGGACAUAGAGGGAGAAGGCUUGAACCUUGGCAUCAGUAAGAACGAAGUGCGGGUCAUUAUCGGCAACAGCGCCUGCAUCAUCAAGACUCUGACGCCCACCAAUUUGUACUGCGAGCCCCCUCUGCUGCCCCCGCAGCCACUUAAUGCCUCGUCUGUGCUGCCAGAGUUCAUGGUCCAGAUGGGAAACUUACGCCUGGAUCUUGGUCGAGUUCGCUAUGACACAGAACCACCAUCUCGAUUCCCCCCGGAAGCCCAAAUUGGUUUAGGGGUGGGAGCAGCAGUACUGGCUUUCGUUGUGUUACUGCUUAUCCUGAUGUACAGACGCAAGAGCAAGCAGGCUUUGCGGGACUACAAAAAGGUGCUGGUACAACUCGAGAACAUGGAAAUCAGUGUCGGGGAUCAGUGCCGCAAGGAAUUCACAGAUCUCAUGACAGAAAUGACUGACUUGAGUGGGGAGCUGGAGGGCUCAGGGAUCCCUUUCCUGGACUACAACACCUACACCCAGCGUGUCUUCUUCCCGGCUCAGGGGGAUGUGCCACUGCGGCGUGUGUUGGACCUGCCGGAGGGGCGCCGUGCCACAGUGGAGCAGGGCCUAGGGCAGCUCUCCAAUUUGUUGAAUAGCAAAGUCUUCCUGCUGACGUUAAUUCGAACAUUGGAAGCCCAACCUACCUUCUCACAGCGAGAUCGAUGUCAUGCAGCAUCACUCCUCUCGCUGGCUCUUCACGGGCGUCUGGAGUACCUAACGGACAUCAUGCAAACUUUGCUGAGUGACCUCGCUGCUCACUGUGUCUCCCGCAAUCCUAAACUCAUGCUCCGCAGGACAGAGACUAUGGUGGAGAAACUGCUGACCAACUGGAUGUCCAUCUGUCUCUACUCCUAUCUCAGGGAAGUAGCAGGGGAGCCCCUGUAUAUGCUCUUCCGAGCCAUCAAGUAUCAGGUGAACAAGGGCCCCGUAGAUGCGGUGACCGGCAAAGCCAAAAGGACGCUGAAUGAUGGGCGGCUCUUGCGUGAGGAUGUGGAGUAUCGGCCACUCACCCUGACGGUUCUGGUGCGUGGGGCUGGCCCUAGUGGUGGCUCUGAGACUCAGCGCAUCCCAGUCCGUGUCCUCGACACAGACACGAUCACCCAGGUGAAGGAGAAGAUUUUGGACCAGGUUUACAAGGGCGUGCCUUUCUCCCAACGCCCCUCCGUGCACUCCCUGGAUUUAGAAUGGCGAUCGGGCGUUGCUGGGCACCUGACACUGUCUGAUGAGGACCUGACAUCUGUCACGCAGAAAGAAUGGAAGAGGCUCAACACACUUCAGCAUUACAAGGUUCCAGAUGGAGCCACAGUGGGCCUCAUCCCUCGUCUUCACAAUGACAUCUCCCAAGGCACAGGACAGAGUUUCUUCUCUGGAGAAAAUACGCCAAUGCUAGAGGAUGGUGAGGAAGGCGGGGUGCGACUCUGGCACCUAGUGAAACCCUCUGAAGAACCUGAGCCCACAAAGCAGCAACAGGACCGGCGCAGCAGCCUCCGAGAACGGGCCAAGGCAAUCCCAGAAAUCUACCUCACUCGCCUGCUUUCCAUGAAGGGAACACUACAAAAAUUUGUGGACGAUGCUUUCCAGGCUGUGCUGAGUGUUAACCGGCCAGUACCAAUUGCUGUCAAGUAUCUUUUUGACUUGUUGGAUGAGCUGGCGGUGCAACACGGGGUCAACGAGCCAGAGACGCUGCAUAUCUGGAAAACCAACAGUCUGUUGCUGCGUUUCUGGGUGAACACGCUCAAGAACCCCCAGUUCAUCUUCGACGUGCGUGUCUCUGACAACGUGGAUGCCAAUCUGAGUGUCAUUGCUCAGACAUUCAUUGAUGCCUGUACAACAGCUGAACACAAAGUUGGCAGGGAUUCACCAGUCAACAAGUUGCUCUAUGCCAGAGAAAUCCCGCACUACAAACAGAUGGUGGAGAAGUAUUAUGCUGAUAUUCGACAAACUGUUCCUGCCAGUUAUCAAGAGAUGAACUCGGCCCUGACAGAACUUUCAGGGAAAUACUCCUCUGACCUGAACUGUCUAGUGGCUCUGCAAGAACUUUACAACUAUAUUAACAAGUAUUAUGACCAGAUAAUCUUUGCCCUAGAAGAGGACCCAUUGGGCCAGAAGAUGCAACUUGCCUAUCGAUUGCAACAAAUCGCAGCUCUCGUAGAGAACAAAGUGACUGACUUGUGACAUUCCCCAAUCUGCUGCCUGCCCAGACUGAGUGCGACAACAGUGCAAUCCUAAGCAUGUUCGUUCAGACCUAAAUCUCAAUGAGGCUUACUCCCCAGUAACAGCAAUCUACAGUUGCAGCCUAAGGGAACCUGAAAGUUCCUUACUAUCCAGUUUCGUGUUUGCACGCACACAUUGCUGUCCCUCCCAGUGCCUUAACUGCACAGAUGCUGCCGAGUUCUCCUGCAUUCGGUGUGCUCAUGUGCUGUCUUGCUCUCUCUCUCUGUCUCUCUCUUUUUAAAAAACUAGUUGUAAAGGGACUCCUCCAGUCUGAUACACUGGCUUUGUAAAUAAAAGGGUGUAUUUAUUUCUGUCGCUCUCUGAGGAGGGUGUUGGCUACUGUCUCCCAUUGGUGGGGCAAUGGGUUUUCCGCAGCUGACCACUACAGCGUUUGCAAUUUGGGGGUUUCUCCCUUCCACCCCAAAUGCCCUCACUGGUAAUGCACUAAUAUUGGGGUGGAACUUUCCAGUUUCCUUGGUACAAACAGACUCUUAACUAGUCCCUAUUUUAACCCUCAUCUCUUAUUCCCUUCCCAAUUUUAUGUAAUAUAUAAAUAUGGGAGCUUUCUGCUCCAGGACUGUAUUUAUUUUAUUGAGAAUUUGAAGAAUAAAAAACAAAACUUUUCAGAAAAAA